UUACCUUGUCUUUUUUUUUCCUUAGAAAUUUAUUUGGGUCUAUUUUUAUGCAAAAUUUAGAUUCUCUCAGAUUUUAAAAACCAUCAUCAUCCUCAACUUUACAAAAGACCAAUCUUUAUUUGUCUCAGUUUGGUCCUUUUAUUGAUUCAGAUGAAUAUAAUUAUAUACAUGCAUAUUUAAAAACAUUAAAGCAAUGUUGCAUACAUGUGCCCUUCAUGUUCUUGUCCAGCCUCUAGCUUCUGUUUCUUUUCUGAAUUUUUUAUUUAUAUGAUAUAAACUUUGUGUAAAAACAUUUGGAAUCUUUUUUUCAAGCCAUUUUACAGGUUGUUUUGAUCACAAUAAAGCCUCCUCAAAUUAACUCAUGUGGGUUUUUUGAUGGAGGAGUACUAAAGGUGGCCUUUUCUUCAUCACAAGGUGGGAUUGAAUUGUUUUGAGGAGUAAAAAUGCGAUUUUUGAUAUGGGUUUUUGAGGAGGAAGAGGAGAAUCUGUCUGUUUAAUAGUGUGGGGAGAGAAUUGAUAGGUUGUUGGAUAACAUGGAGGAAGCACCAGUGACUGCUCCCAGGAAAAAGAUGACAAAACAAUUGACUGGGAAACGAGACGAUAAUCAGCUCCAUUCUGCUUGUAGAGCUGGAAAUGUUAGUUUGAUGAGGAAACUCUUUAGUGAAUGUAAUGAAGAAGAAUUGGCAGAAUUGUUGUCGAAGCAGAAUUCUUCUGGUGAAACACCCCUUUAUGUUGCGGUGGAAUAUGGUUAUGUUGAGCUAGUUCGAGAGUUGAUUGAAUACUAUGAUCUAGCUACUGCUGGAAUCAAAGCAAGAAAUGGUUUUGAUGCACUCCAUAUUGCUGCAAAACAAGGGGACUUGGAUAUGGUUAAGGUGCUUAUGGAGGCUCAUCCUGAGCUGUCAAUGACUGUUGAUAUGGCGAACACGACUGCUUUGCAUACAGCUGCCACUCAAGGACAUAGGGAGGUUGUAUAUUAUCUUUUGGAGAUGGAAAGCAGCCUGGCUAAUAUAGCUCGAAGCAAUGGUAAGACUGCCCUGCAUUCUGCAGCAAGAAAUGGUCAUGUGGACAUUGUCAAGGCCCUUCUGAGUAAGGAGCCUGGACUUGCAACACGUACUGACAAGAAGGGGCAGACUGCUUUACAAAUGGCUGCCAAGGGUCAGAACAUGGAGGUGGUGGAAGAGCUAAUUAGGGCAGAUCCUUCGUCAAUAAAUAUGACUGAUAAUAAGGGCAAUACAGCACUGCACACAGCAACAAGAAAAGGCAGGGUUCAGAUUGUUAGGGUGCUGCUAGCGCAGAGUGAAACUGACAAAAAAAUUGUGAAUAGGUCUAACGAAACAGCCCUAGAUACGGCAGAGAAGACUAGCCAAGCUGAGAUAGCCCCUAUACUUCAAGAGCAUGGUGUUCAAAGUGUGAAGUCAAUGCCAAAAGCAAAUCCAGCACGAGAGCUAAAACAAACAGUGAGUGACAUAAAACAUGAGGUCCACCACCAGCUAGAACAUACUCGCCAAACUAGAAAACGCGUCCAAGGCAUUGCCAAACGCCUCAACAAAAUGCACUCGGAAGGCCUUAACAAUGCCAUCAACUCCACUACUGUUGUAGCUGUCCUCAUUGCCACUGUUGCCUUUGCAGCAAUAUUUACUGUCCCAGGACAGUAUGUUGAUGAUCCAAAAGAUGUGACACCCGGAACUUCCUUGGGUGAAGCCAAUAUUGCUCCAAGAGUCUCAUUUUUGAUAUUCUUUAUCUUUGAUUCCAUUGCCCUUUUUAUUUCUCUAGCUGUCGUCGUCGUGCAAACAUCAGUGGUAGUUAUAGAAAGCAAGGCAAAGAAACAAAUGAUGGCAGUGAUAAACAAGCUUAUGUGGUUGGCCUGUGUCCUAAUUUCAGUUGCAUUUUUGGCAUUGUCAUUUGUUGUGGUGGGGGAACAUGAGAGGUGGCUAGCUAUUGGCGUCACUAUUAUUGGGACGACAAUCAUGGCUACAACUUUGGGAACUAUGUUAUAUUGGGUGAUUAUGCAUCGUAUUGAAGCUUCAAAUUUGAGAAGCAUUAGGAAGAGUUCACGGGAAAGCAGGUCUCAACGAAGCUUACCAGCCUCUAUCAAUUCAGAUACAGAACUUGCCAAUGAAUUUAAGAAAAUGUAUGCUAUAUGAGCUUGCCAAUGAUACAAAUACUUUCCCUAAAAAGAGAAAGGAAACUUAUUUACUUUUGCCUGAUGAAUUGCUAAUACAUGUCCAAGUACAUGAACACAUUUAA